CUCCACAACGGGGGUGCUUUAGCUUUUACUUACGAUCAAAGUGAUACUGAGCUGAUACGUGCGGAAGUACCCAACUAACAACUUGUGGUCGCUGAGAUUGUAUCUGUCCUUACUUUUAGAUUCCAUAGGAUAUACGUUGGACCACAUGAACUAACUUUACUGGUAGACAAGACUCAGGAGGCUACCAUGACAAAGACCAAUGUGUCAUUUCUUGUGUCACCUAGGAGUGCUUUAGAACCUAUCAAUUUCAAAUCUCUGCAUGGGAAAACUUAUAAUAUGGAUUUUCUCAUGCUCCGGUCUUAAUCUCUAACAAAGAACCCUCUCCAUCAACUUUCGAGAACUGAUCGGUGCCCAAGGGAGUCCACUCCCCAAUGGCAAAAAGUGAAUGAUGCAAAUGUUAAAAAAAUACUAAUUAUUCAUGGAUGGUAUGAUUUUUUACAUGAUACACAUGUAAUGUAACUUUGAUGUGAAAUUCAUCCUGAUAUCAAGAACCAGAAAAGGCACACUGCCAUACUUUGCACUCCUCGUAUAUGCUAAGACUGUCAACUUGUCUUUCUUGUAUACUGAAUUCUUGAUAUGAGGAACUAAUAUGAUAUACCAAGAUUCUAAAGUUUUACAUAAAUUUAUGUGUAAUUGUUUACUAAGUCCAUGAAAUUAUAUGAUUUUUUUGAUACACUAUAUCUUGAUAUUUUAUGGAUUUUCAAAAAAAAGGAUGUGUUUCCAGUGGACAAAUAAAAUCCCCCCUCCCUACAUUUUCGCCGGAUUUCAUGUAGGUUUGUUGUUAAAAAUUCUGUAGUUAUCUACUUUUGGGACACCACUUGUAUUUUUCAUUGUUCAAUGAGUAACAGAGAAUGACUUUUCAAGUGCUUACGUUUAGAAUCUUCAGAAAAUGUGUUUUAUAUACUUGGUCUAGGACCUUUCAAGAGCACACCCAUGUGGCUUAAAUAUUAUCUCAUAAAGUGGUAUGCUUUUCAUCUGCUUGAUAUAAAUACGCUAUUGCUCCACAGACCGUGCAACAAAGAAUUAUGUUAUAUUAUUUUUUGGCACUCAUUAUUUGAUAUGUUCCCACCAGCUGCAGAAUAGGCAUAAUUUAGUGGAGCGGCGAUGUUUUAUGUAUUCACUAGGGCUAGCUGCAACACGGUAGCAGAAAUAUUUAGGGUUGUGCCAUUUCCAUAUUUGUUUGGUGCACUGAACUUUUGUUACCAUCAGAAUGGAGACAUCACAUAGUGGGAAGUGUCAUGUCAUUAUUAAAGAUGAGCAGGUUCUGGCCACAUCUACCAUCUUCUGUCAUCAGUCUGCUUAGUACAGGGUUCUUACUCUUUCCUGCAUAGGAAGGUCAUUUCAGAACAUUAUUGCCUAACCAAUUAACCAGUUUUUCAGCUCCUUUAAGAGAAUAAUCCCUUUCUCACUUACGUUUCUGUUGGAUGCUGCGAUUUCGGUCUUCUCUCUGUUUUACACUUUAUAUAAUGGCAUGACAUCAGAUUAGUGUGCUAGAUAUAUGUUCGACCACAUCUUUGAAUGUAGAGGAUAGCAAUGUAUGCAUGAUAUGUUGAGAAGUCAAUCUAGUCAGGGUUACGGUUAAGCUUAUGUAAUCUUCGAUACAAAUCCAGAGUCUCGUUCCAUGAUUUCUUCAUUCAUUUGUGCUCAUUAUUGUCAGUAUUUCUAUCUGACACAAUGCUCUUCAGGAGUACACACCAGGGCUGGGGAUUGAACCCUGGUCUUUUGGCUGCACACAUCACGUCGCCGCCACCUUGACCAACGAGGGUCCCAAUUUGCAGUAAUAUAUGUUCACUAACAUUUAUUUUUUCAAUAAUUGUAGAGUGUAGUCAUGAUAUCAUUGUGGAUUAUAAUUUAUGAAUGAAGGUAGUCCUCAAAAAAAAUUACGAAUGGAAGUUAGAGUUUCUUAUGAAGGAUAUUGCUUGUCUUUUCAGUAUAUAUCCAUUUUCUCUCUCUAAUGUAUACAGUUCUUAGCUAACUGCAUUUUCUAUCACUGUUCCUACCUCCGAGAACUCAUAUAUAUACAUUACAGCAUGGUGUUUAUGCAGAAUAUUCUUCUUGCACAAUGACAUCGCACGUAUUCCUGCGUACAGUUAGGAAGUAUCAAAUUAACGGCCACCUUUAAAGAUAUCUGUAUUUUAUAAUCCAAAAGAAAGGACAACAGACUGCAUAUAGGCAGAUGUUCAAAAGUUUGGUCCUAUCAAUAUCUUAGUUAUUCGCAUAAUUUGAACCAAGGCAAAUCAAGCAUAUUAGAAGACGGAGCAACUUUACGUGUUUCCCUGCUUUUAGCAUGGUUGUUGCAUGCAUUUUGGAUGAGCGUGUUUCCUUCCUUAAUAUCUGGAUAUUUAUCUUCAGAUCCUCAGGCUUCAGUACGUAUCUGUUGUUGAAACUCAACAUACAUUGGACAGAUCCACUUUGUCGCCCAUGCAAUAAAUGAUCCGUGCUUUAUUUUUUGCAUUUUAUCUCCCUUCUUUUCUUAGAAAUGGACAUCUAGUCAAUUAUCACAAGAAAGUGCUUUGCUAGUGCUAGUGCUAAUGCUAACUUCAUGCACCACCCUUCUCUUUAAAAGGCAAGGUAAUGAGCAUGGUGUAGUCCAACAGCACUUGUAGUUUGUGAUGGAUGCCAGUACUCCAAAGUCUGGGACGAGCUUCUUCAAAACUUGCUUCAAUGGAGUUAAUGCUCUCUCAGGGGUUGGAAUAUUAUCCAUUCCUUAUGCAUUGUCUCAAGGAGGAUGGUUGAGCGUACUUAUCUUCACAACUAUAGCUGUUAUCUGCUUCUACACUGGGAUUCUCCUACAAAGAUGCAUAGAUUCAAGCUCCCUUGUUAAGACAUAUCCUGAUAUAGGUGAGCUAGCUUUUGGCCGGAAAGGAAGAAUCAUAGUUGCAAUAUUCAUGUACCUGGAGCUGUACCUUGUGGCAAUUGAUUUCAUGAUAUUAGAGGGUGAUAACCUGGAUAAAUUAUUUCCAAGUGUCAACUUCCAUGUCGCUGGACUCAAGAUUGGAGGCAAGCAAGGGUUCGUUCUGAUUUUCAGCAUGUUAGUUUUGCCAACGACAUGGUUUCGGAGCUUGAAUGCCCUUGCGUAUGUCUCUGUUGGAGGAAUCUUGGCUUCCAUCAUUCUCAUCGCCUCUGUUGCAUGGGUGGGAGCAUUUGAUGGAAUUGGUUUCCAUGAGAAAAGCGUGCUUCUGAACUGGGCCGGUAUUCCAACUGCGAUGAGCUUAUAUUCAUUCUGUUUCAGUGGCCAUGCAGUUUUUCCCAUGAUAUACACCGGAAUGAGUAACAGAAAAAUGUUCCCAGCAGUGUUGCUCCUCUGUUUCAUCAUCUGCACUCUUGGCUAUGGACUGAUGGGCGUGAUCGGGUACUUGAUGUACGGUGAUUCGCUGAUGUCCCAAAUUACGCUCAACCUGCCAUCAAGGAAUUUGAGCUCCAGCAUCGCCAUCUACACCACGCUGAUCAAUCCGUUCACCAAGUUUGCGUUGCUGGUCACUCCAAUAGCAGAGGCGAUUGAGGACAGUCUCCAUGUUGGCAAGAACAAAGCUGCCAGCCUCUCCAUCAGGACUGCGCUGGUUGUCAGCACAACCAUAGUGGCACUUGUCGUGCCGUUCUUCGCCUACGCCGUUGCGCUCACCGGCUCAUUGCUAAGCGGCACUGCCACGAUGCUGCUGCCAUGUGCUUGCUACCUGAAGAUCAGAUCCAGGACUUGCAGAAAGCUGGGGUUCGAGCAGGUGGUUUGCGUGGCUAUUAUCAUUGUUGGGGUAGGAGUUGUAGUCGUAGGCACCUACAGUUCACUGAAACAGAUCUUCCAGAGCUUAUGAAUUUUAUGAGCAAGGAUGUGGAACGAGCCAUAUGUGGAGCCUAUUCUAGUACAGCAAAUAAUGGCUGUGCUCUGUACCUAUAAUACUCUGGCAAGAUAUAGAUAGAAAUUUAGGUCACAUAAGACUGAAUAGGAAUAAUGGCUAAGGUCUUGGGAAUGGAGACUUACUUAUUCCGAAGAAACUGCUUGUACUAUCUAUCAUGUUAUAAACAUUAUUGAAAUGUAUAGCCCGAUGUCUAGCCAGCGGCUACUUCCUUCUGUUAA